GGCUGGGCCCCCGAUGGCGGUCUCGGCGCAGGCGGCGGCGCUGAGCGCCGAGCAGGCGAAGGCGGUGCUGGCGGAGGUGAUCAAGGCCUUCGGGGCCCCCGAGAACGCGCAGCGGAUGGAGGAGGCUCGGGAUAACGCCUGCAACGACAUGGGCAAGAUGCUGCAGUUCCUCCUGCCCGUCGCCACCCAGAUCCAGCAGGACGUGAUCAAAGCCUACGGCUUCAGCAACGACGGCGAAGGGGUCCUGAAGUUCGCCCGGUUGAUCAAGUCCUACGAGUCGCAGGACCCGGAGAUCGCCAGCAUGUCGGGCAAGCUCAAGGCCAUGUUCCUGCCGCCCAUGACGCUGCCGCCGCACGGGGCCGGGACCGGCGGAGUGGCAACCUCCUGAGACCGUGGGCCUCUCCGGCUGGGUCACGGUGCGCUGGCUGGUGGCCUCCUUCCAAGGUGCGGGUUCUGUCAGCCAGGGAACGGAGCCCUUGGAACAAGGGAGAUGGCUGACCGGAAAGGAAUGGGAUGCUUUGCGCCUGCCUGUGUGUCUGCUCGUGAAUAAAAAAAUGUCUCGAAAAUGCCCUCGUCUUGUGAAUGAAUGUGAGCUCAGCAGUGCUCCUCGGACACAGAUGUUUCUCCCUGGUGCAGAGGCAGACACAGCAGUGCUCACCUCGUGCCUGGUAUGACACCCAGGCUAGUGUUUUGAGAGGCCCAGGAUGUACCAAGUUCUGCAAAAAGCCCAGGAAGUGCUUUGCAAAUGGUGAAAAUUAAGCCCUCGGCUUGAGGCCUGCGGUUUGCCUGACCUGGAGCUACCUUCUUCUUAGUCCGCCUAGGAACAGGCGGAGUUCAGGACCGUGCCCGUGCGGAUCAGACACAGUAGGACCUGCUGGUUAAGGGCUGUGGUACUCCUUCCACCGGCUGCUGUCAGUCCCCCAUCAGUGGGGAUCUGAGAGUCGAGAUCCUGAUGCCAUCCUGUGGUCUUUCUAGCCCUUUAUGGAACAGCAGGACGUAAAAUCUUCAGCAUCAGUCCAAACGGGUGCUCUGCUCUGGAGACGACAGUGGCAUGGUGUAAGGAAAUGGGAUUCGCACUAGCAUUACUCUGUGGUAAGGAUCUGGGCAACUGCAGUGGUCCAGCACGGUCCUGGGGUCCUGUGGCCUGACAGAGAGCAUCUGGCUUGGGCAAGUCACAGGAAGAUGGUCCAUCUGCCCGUUCCCCAAGCCCAGAUGGCUGUCGCUCUGCAUUAACAGCUGAACUAUAACGCAGUUCUGUGCAAAACAGCAAAACCUCCUGUCUAAAAUCAUCUCAGUGCUGACAAUUAGAAGUAACAAAUGCAGUGCUGAUUCUCAAAAAGGGCUCCAAAUGAGACCCCCCAAAUGCCAGGAUAGCACAGAACAGUAAAGUUGGUAUCUGGGCAAGAAGGUAGACAGUGUAAUGGAGAAAGCAAUGAUUGUGAUAUUAAAGAAGGAGUCAGCAUCUGCUUUUGUAAAGACAAAUCCUAUCUUGUAAAACUGGAGUUUUUGGAGGGACUUAGCAAGCUCGUGGGUAAGUCAGUCAGGUCUGGCUGAUACAGUUUCCUUGGAUUUCCAAAAAAUAAUUUGACAAGAUUUUCUCCUCAAAGUCUUUAAAUAAAGCUAAAGUCAUGGCAUAAGAAGGAAGAUGAAGUUUUUCUUGGGUAAAGAAUUAGUAGAAAAUAGGAAAUGAAAGGUGAGAAUACACAUCCAGUUUUUAUAGCAAAGGGAAGACAUCGGUGGUCAGAUCACAGGGGCCUAACCUGAAAUAUACACUGUUCAGUAUAUUCCCAAAUGACCUGGGAAUAGAGCCUGGUGAGGUGAGAAAAUUGGCUGAUGGUAGAAACUUAUUCAGGGUAAUAGAGUGGGAGUUGACUAUGAAUAAUUGCAGAAGGAUCUCAUGAUAAUGAAUGUAUGGGCAAUAGAACAGCAGAUGCAAUUCCGUCUAGGCAUAUGUAAAAUAAUGUUCAUGCAGAAAAAUAAUUCAAAAUUUACAUAUAAAACAACGAACUGUGAACUAAUCGUAACCUCUCUGGAGGAAGACUGUGAUCAUAUAUAAGUCCGUGCAAUUAGCUUAAUGCUCGGUUGUGGUGAACAAAUAGCAGAAAUCGUCACUGGCUCUGUGUAUAUCCAUGACUCACCAGCAUCUUGAACACUGCAGUUCUGUGCCACCCUUCACUCUUAGCUCCAAAACAAUACACCAGAGUUGGAAACAUCUCAGAGAGGGACAGCAAAGAUGACCAGAGGUGUAGAAUGGUUCUGUACGAAGAACACCUUAAUAGGGUUGGAGUCUUCAGCCUGGCAAAGAGCUGAAGAAGGCUAUGGACAUUACAGGUCCAUAUCAUGAGCAGCUUGGAGGGGGUGAACAGGAAUCGGUCAUUGAUUUUUCUUUCUUUACAACAACCACUUUUCCUGAUACCUAAUCAGAAUGUGCCUUGCUGCAAGUUAUGCCUGUUGCCUCUUGUCCUUUUGCUGUGUCCCACAAAGAAGAAUCUGGCUCAUUGCCUCUAAAACCCCCAGUCCCCCUUUAGGUGGUCUCAGACAGCUGUUAAAUCCCUCCUGAAGCAUAUUUUCUCCAAGCUGAACAAACCCAGCUUCCGCCAUCUCUGCUGUGCUCCAGGCUCUUCACUGCCUUAGUGGCCUUAUGCUGGACUCUGUCCACUUUCUCAGUGUCUUUUUUACAGCAGUCCAGAUGUGGGUGUCUUUCAAUUAGCUAUUUCAUUUAUCUUCUCCUCUAAAUUUGUUCCUGUGCUAGCUGUGGCUUGGGUCCACAAAGGAUUUACAAGAUGAGGUUCCACCACCUGUGCUGUACUGGAAGCC